UUCCCCAUGUCACACCCUGACCUAACUAAAAUAAUAAAGAAAACAAAGAAUACUAAGGCCAGGGCGUGACACUACCUUGUGAACUCUCACCUCUCUUCAAUGCGGAGCCAUUGGAGGUGCGCUGGUACCGGCCCGAUAACUCCUACAGCCCUGCCUUGUUGUACAAGGAUCACAAGAUCCAGGAGACCCCUGUGGACCCUCGGUACAGGGGCAGGGUGUCUCUAACUGGGGGGAUGGAGAGAGGGAACGUGUCCCUGACACUGGAGAGGGUCACACUGGAAGACAGGGGGGAGUAUGUGUGCCGUGUCAGCAGCGAACAAUGGUUCGAUAAGGCCAGUGUAUUCCUCACAGUGAAGGGUAAGUGGCUGGGGACAGGUUCACAGAACAUAUGCCUUGUCCAAUCCUUUCAUGGUUGUAACAUGCCCUCACACUCACACUUUAUAUUUUCACUAGUAUUAGGUGGUAUCCCAGUUCUCUCUGUAGCUGUAGGAGGAGGAGGUCAGGUGAACAUUACCUGUUUAUCAGAGGGAUGGUCACCACAACCUAAACUUUCAUGGAAAAACAAAGAGGGGACAGAGAUCAGAAAUGAACAAGAAGUACUCAACACCUUUGAUCCCCUGGGCUUGGUGAGUGUCAGUAGUUGGCUGCUGUACCCUCCCUCAGACUCAGAUUGGCUCUCCUGUACUGUCUCUCUGUCUGAGGAAGAGAAGAGAGAGAGUAGAGUCCUUCCUCACAAACCUGGUGCCUGGAAAGAAGAUUUCAUUGUGACUUUGGUCCUGUCUCUGCUCCUUCUCAGUGCUCUGUCAACUGUGGUCUGCAUUCUGCUCAAACAUAGAGAUCAAAUGAAGCUUGAACAGAAUAAAUCAGGGACAGAAAACAGUCUGGAGAAACGACCUGUCAAAGAAGGAAAGAAUCUACAAGAUUGGCAUCAGGUGAAAGGAUUCAAAGAGAACAUUACUAUGGAUGAAAACACUGCUCAUGGUACAAUUAGAGUGACUCAAGACGGAAAGACAGCUCAUUACAUCAAAGAAAAAGAAACUAUGAAAUCUUCCGAUCAAAGGCAUCCUCAUGUAUUGGCUAAUCAGAGUUUCGGAUCAGAACAACACUACUGGGAAGUUAAGGUGAGGGAUGAAACCGUGGAUAAAGCAGUGGGUGACUGUGGGCAACUGUCAUGGUAUGUUGGUGUGGCCAGAGAUAAUGCUAAGAGAACAUCUACAGUCGCUGUAACACCUCUUCAUGGAUUCUGAACUCUCUUUUAUGAAGAAGGAAAGGGUUUCCAUGUCAAUACUGACCCUCCAACCUCAGUACAUGUGAGCAAAGAUCUCUCUAUGGUAGGAGUGUUUCUAGACUGUGACAAUCAAUCU